UACCAAGAUUACAUAUCUUUAUUACCAUACAUUUCUCAGCAACCACUCUUAUCAUACACUACUCUCUCUUUUAGUAACUGGCAUUAUGGCACACAUUAGACCAAUUUCAAUAACACAUCACAAGCCGGAAUUAGUAGUUCCAUCAAUAGCAACACCUCGUGAAACAAAACAGCUUUCUGAAAUAGAUGAUCAAGGGAGUACCCGUUUUCAAAUUCCCAUAUUAAUGUUUUACAAAUAUAAUUCUUUAAUGGAAGGAAAAGAUCCUGCAAAAUUAAUUAAAGAUGGAUUGUCUAAAACAUUAGUGUUUUACUAUCCAUUAGCUGGCAGACUUAUUGAAGGACCUAAUAGGAAGCUUAUGGUGAAUUGCAAUGGUGAAGGAGUCUUGUUUGUUGAAGCUGAUGCUAAUGUGGAGCUUGAGAAAUUAGGCGACUCCAUCAAACCACCAUGUCCAUAUUUGGAUCUACUACUUUGCAAUGUUCCUGGUUCUGAUGGGAUCAUUGGCUGCUCUCUUUUGUUAGUUCAGGUGACUCGUUUUAGUUGUGGUGGAUUCGCUGUUGGUUUAAGAUUUAAUCACACAAUGAUGGAUGGCUAUGGCUUAAAUAUAUUUCUAAAUGCGUUAAGUGAAUUAAUUCAAGGCGCUUCUGCACCUUCUAUCUUACCUGUAUGGGAAAGGCAUCUUCUAAGUGCAAGAUCACUACCAAGCAUUACAUGUACUCACCAUGAGUUUGAUGAGCAAAUCGAAUCAAAAAUUGCAUGGGAAUCCAUGGAAGACAAGUUGAUACAAAAAUCAUUUUUCUUUGGCAAAAAGGAGAUGGAAGCUAUUAAAAAUCAAGUUUCUCCAAAUUGUGAAAGUACAAAAUUUGAGUUAUUGAUGGCGUUUUUAUGGAAAUGCCGUACAAUUGCACUUGGUCUAAACUCUGAAGAAAUUGUUCGUUUAACAUACCUUAUUAACAUACGUGGAAAGUUGCAAAAAUUUGAAUUGCCAGCCGGAUAUUAUGGAAAUGCAUUCGUUACUCCAACUGCAGUAUCAAAAGCAGGAUUAUUAUGUUCAAAUUCACUAACAUAUGCAGUUGAAUUGGUCAAGAAAGUUAAAGAUCAUAUGAAUGAAGAAUACAUUAAAUCACUGAUUGAUUUAAUGGCUAUUAAAGGAAGACCAGAAUUGACAAAAUCUUGGAAUUUUAUUGUCUCAGAUAAUAGAUAUAUUGGAUUAGAUGAAGUUGGUUUUGGAUGGGGAAGACCCAUUUUUGGAGGAGUUGCAAAAGCUAUAUCUUUCAUUAGUUUUGGUGUACCUGUCAAAAAUGAUAAGGGAGACAAAGGUAUUUUGAUAGCUAUAAGUUUACCUCCCAUGGCAAUGAAAAAAUUUGAAGAGGUUGUGUACAAGGUAACUUCAAAAAAUGUGGAAGGAGUUGACAUAAUUUCAAAGACGUAAAAGUUUGUUUUGUUUUGGGAGUGUCUAAAUCAAAAUUAUGAAGAUUGUAAUAUUCCAUACUUUUCCUAUUUGAAAUUACUUUUCGCUAUGUAUGUUAUGUAUAAUUUAGAUAUAUGUUUUAUGUUUGAUUGGAUAAUAUAUAAGAAAGAAAGGAUGUCUUUUAAAAUAUAAAA